AUGGCUGUUUCGGCUGAGAUGAAGUCAACAUCUCGUCUCCCCAUCGUCUCAAACGAGGAUUUUAUAUACGAGCAAGACGUGGCAGGUGAUCCAGCUAGCAUUAAACCUUGGCUAGUCUACAUCGAUUUUAAAUCUCGUCAUGGCACACUUCCGCAACAAAACUUUGUCAUGGCUCGUGCAUGCGCCCAGUUGCCGCGAUCAUACAAGCUCUGGAAAAUGUAUCUCGCCUUCCGUACCGAGCAUGUGUCAAAGUUAAACCCCGCUAUCUUCGCAUCCGAAUACAAUAAAGUCAACGCCUUGUUUGAAAAGGCACUUAUACUUCUCAACAAAAUGCCUCGAGUAUGGGAAAUGUAUCUUCAGUUCCUCGUCAAACAGCCAGCAAUCACUCUCGUAAGACGAACUUUCGACCGCGCGUUGAGGGCGCUACCAAUCACGCAACAUAAUCGAAUAUGGGCCUUGUAUGUACCAUUCUCAAAUGCUGCGUCAGGUGACACUGCAGUCAAAAUUUGGCGGCGAUAUAUUCAGGUGCAUCCGGAGGAGGCAGAGGAUUUCAUCGAACUUCUAAUCGAAUCGGGUUUAUAUACCGAAGCCGCAAUAAGCUAUGUCAACCUCCUCAACAACGUCCGAUUCGCGAGCAAGACUGGGAAGGGCCACUACGAACUUUGGAGUGAAAUGGUAGAUCUUCUUGUAGACCAUGCCUCGGAGAUUGAGGUGAAUUAUGAAUCGGGUAUCGACGUUGAAAGUAUCAUCAGAAGCGGAAUCGCUCGUUUUCCCGAUCAGAGGGGCAAGCUUUGGGUGGGUCUAGCCACCUACUGGAUCCGGAGAGGCAGUUUCGAGCGAGCACGAGAUACUUUCGAACAGGGCAUAACAACCGUUAUGACAGUCCGCGACUUUGCGUUAAUAUUCGAUUCAUACACCGAGUUCGAAGAGUCCAUCAUCAAGGCGCUUAUGGAAAGCGUAACAAAUCGGACCGACAUGGGAGUGGAAGAUGAAGAUGCAGACUUCGAAUUGGAUGUGCGAAUGAUGCGGUUCGAGCAUAUAAUGGAUCGACGACCAUUUUUAGUGAACGAUGUGCUACUUCGCCAGAACCCAAAUCUUGUCUCAGAGUGGGAGAAACGAGUUGCUCUGUGGGGGGGCAAUAAACAAGAAGCUGUGCGCACAUAUGCGAAUGCUAUUGCUUCUAUCCACCCUAAACGAGCCGUUGGCUCGUUUUAUAAACUUUGGGCGAGCUAUGCGCGCUUCUAUGAACAAGGGGGGGAUUUAAGGAACGCUCGCAUAAUCAUGGAGAAAGCAGUCAAGGUUCCCUUCAAAUCUGUUGCAGAGUUGGCUGACAUGUGGAUUGAGUGGGCAGAAAUGGAACUUCGGAAUGAGAAGUUUGAUGAAGCCGUUCGAAUCAUGGCAAAAGCUGUCCAAGCCCCUAAGCGAUCUACAGUCGACUACUUUGACGAGGCACUUUCAGCGCAACAAAGAGUUCAUAAGAGCUGGAAACUUUGGGGUUUCUACGUGGAUCUCGUAGAAAGUGUCUCUACUUUGAGCGAAGUAAAACGAGUCUAUGAACGCAUUUUUGAACUUCGAAUCGCAACACCACAGACGGUUGUCAACUACGCAACUCUUUUAGAAGAGCACAAGUAUUACGAGGAGUCAUUCAAGAUUUAUGAGCGGGGCUUAGACUUAUUCAGCUACCCAGUCGCCUUCGAGCUCUGGAAUAUGUACCUGGCGAAAGCGGUGAAUCGGAAGAUAGGUAUUGAGCGGCUUCGAGAUCUCUUCGAGCAAGCUGUCGAAGACUGCCCCCCGAAGUUUGCCAAGACCAUUUACUUGAUGUAUGGAAACUUGGAAGAGGAGCGGGGUCUUGCACGACAUGCCAUGCGGAUAUAUGAGAGAGCCACGAGGGCGGUCAGUGAUGAAGACCGUGCGGAUAUGUUCAACUUCUACAUUACCAAAUCCGCUUCUAAUUUUGGGUUGUCGUCUACUCGGCCCAUCUAUGAAAGGGCCAUUUCCGCAUUGCCGGAUACCGAAGCUAAGGAGAUGUGCCUCAAGUUUGCGGAUAUGGAGAAGCGAUUAGGUGAGAUUGACAGAGCGCGUGCAAUUUACGGACAUGCGUCACAAUUCUGCGACCCCCGAACAAAUGCCGACUUUUGGGCGAGGUGGGAACAAUUUGAGGUCCAACACGGCAACGAAGACACAUUCAAGGAGAUGUUGCGCAUCAAGAGAAGCGUCCAGGCUCAGUACAAUACCGAUGUCAACUUCAUUGCAUCACAGGCCCUCGCUCGGAGUCAGCGGGAUUCAGAUCAUCGUGAUCAACACGCUGGUACCACGGCCGAACUUGUCAGGCAAUCCUCGGCAAUGCAUGGCUUUGUGGCAGCGAGUAGUGGGCCUCCACCGGGGGUAACUGGUCAACAAGAUUCACCUGCAAAUCCAGAUGCGAUUGAUAUAGACGGCCUUGAUGAUUAA